UGCCUCAGUAUAGAAAUUUCCUUUGGCAUGUUUGGUCGCACGGUUUUCGAUGUCUCCGUCGUUGUCGUCGGGUCGCCGUCUAAAACUCCGUGACUUUACGAAUUGACUUUGUUUGGAGGCGCGCAGCAACAAAUCAGCAGAAUAGCAAAUUUUAAUAACAAUAACAUUUAUGAAUUAUACAAAUGUACAACAUAUAACAGUAAAUACUGAACCGAAAUAAAGUGUAAAUCCUGGAGAUAAAAUAGAAUAUAUAAAAAAACGUCAAAAGAAAGUUUAGCUCAAGAAAUAAAGAAAUGUUCAAAGUGAAAGAAAUGAACGAAUUGAACAAAUAUAAAACUGUAUAAAAUAUGCUAAAGCCAAGCAGCAGACAGCAACAAUAACAACAUCAACAUUCAACAAAUCAGGCAACAGGCUAAAAGCUAAAUCAAAAGCAAAAUCAAAAGCAAAAGCAAAAACAAACACAAAAACAAACGCAAAAAGCAAAAGUGAGUGUGAAUAAUGUUGAGAGCGCCCACACAGCACAUCGUGGAACUGGGUUUCGGUACAGCGGCUGCCACAAGCGAAAAGAAACAGCAAAAGCAACAACACCAACAACAACAGCAGCAGCGCAAAAGUUUACUGCAAAAGCUUAAGCAGCAGCAGCAAAAGCUACACAAGCCAUUAACAGCGGCAGCGACGCCAGCGGAAGCGGCAGAGACAAAUCAAAAGAGAGCAGCGCACACAGCAGCUGAUUAUUAUUUUAAGCAGCAGCAGCAGAGCGAAAAGUGUUUAUUAUUGCUGGCAACAACAAUUACAGUUGAGCAGCAGCAGACGAAGAAGAAGGAGCACACAAGUUACAGUUUUGCAGCUGCGUUGCGGCGAAACAAGAAGCCAAAAACAAUAACAACAAACAUAGCAGCGGCCGAAGCAGAGGCAGUGACUGCGGCAGCGACAGCAACUGACGACGACAGCAGCAGCAAUCAAAGCUGUAGCAGCAUUAAUAGUAAUAACAAAAACAACAACAGUUUGUCUAAUAGUUGCAUUAACAACCAUAACAACAACACUCAUUAUAAAAACAGUAAAAACUGCAACAGCACCAGCAGCAGCAGCAACAACAACUACAUCAGUAAUUACAAUUUCAAAACAAGUGAACAACAAGCGUGGAAAACAUCAGCAUCAACAACAACAACCACAGCAGCAGCCGCCGCACAACAACAGCUGCUCAUUAACAGCAGCAAUCGACGCAAAAGCAGCAACAAUAACAUAAACAACAGCAACCGCAGCAGCAUGUCACCCACAUCGCAGGCGCCUACACGUACAUCGCUGUUCGACUCCUGUCAUCGCAAGAUCCGUCUAAUUGGCGGCGGUCCAGUUGCCUUCUUGGGCGGCUUAGUGGCAAAGGCGCGUCGCAAAGAGCGCGAUGGCGAUCAAAACUCAACAGACACCAAAUUGUAUUUGGAGGAGAGCGUCCUUGAACGCAAACUACCUGAAGCUGAUCUCAAAGCCCUUGUCGAUCUUCCAGCUGGGUUGGACUACAAUGAAUGGCUAGCCUCACACACUCUGGCUCUCUUCGAGCACGUGAACUUGGUCUAUGGAACUAUUAGUGAAUUUUGUACACAAUCCGGUUGCGCCGACAUGACCGGACCGGGCAACAGAACGUACUUAUGGUUCGAUGAGAAGGGUAAGAAGACGCGGGUCGCAGCGCCGCAGUACAUCGACUAUGUGAUGACCUUUACGCAGAAAACGGUCAGCGACGAGUCGAUCUUUCCAACCAAAUACGCGAACGAGUUUCCGAGCUCGUUCGAGUCGAUCGCCCGAAAGAUUUUACGCUUGCAAUUUCAUGUGAUAGCGCAUCUGUAUGCGGCGCAUUUCAGAGAAAUCGCGCUGCUCGGCUUGCACACCCAUUUAAAUUUGACGUUCAUGCACCUCACAGCGCUGCAUCGCCGCUUCAAUCUGAUCGACGAAAAGGAGACGGACGUGCUGCGCGACCUGGAGGUGGCGCUCCGAUUAACCGACGACAACAGCGUCUGCGGUCAGGAUUCGCAAACCGAUUCCGGCUCAGCAUCCGCCUCCGCCUCUGUCUCGGUCUCUGCAUCCAACUGUGAGCAGCAGCAGCAGCAACAGCAACCGCAGCAGCCGCACAACAACAGCAGCAGCAACAGCAACAGCAACAAUAGCAAUUCCUCUGCCGAGGCGCUGCAUGUCAAUUCACAAAGCAGCUGUGGCACUUCGCUCAUUGAUGGCGAUGCCGCUGCCACGCCCAUUUGCACGCAACCGGAGCCGGGCGCAGCCGGCAAGCCGCCCGGCAGCGGCGGCCUACUGGGCGGCAUUCUAGGUGAUUUAACCAGCGGCGAAUUUGGUGAUACAACGCGCUACUGCACCUCGGCAGUUCCUCCUCAUGCAACGGCAGCAGCAGCAGCAGGCACUGAUGCCAGCGGCCACACAUUGCCACCGAAUGGGGCAACAAACGGUGCGGCCGGCGCAUUACAUUUAAAUUUUAGCAACAAUAACAGCAACAACCACAAUUUGAAUCACUUGAACCACCAUCAUCAUCACCACACCCAUCACCAUCAUCACCACCAUCAUCCGCACACUCAUCUGCACCACCUGCAUCAGCAUCAUGCGACGGCAGCAGCGGCGGCGGCGGUGGCUGCGUCGCCGACUCCGCAGCACAGCGGGCUCAUACAGUGCAAUGCAGCGGGCGCUGCGACAGCGGCGGUGGCGUCGGCAUCGGCGUCGGCAGCAGCAGGCGGUGGCAGCGGCAACAGCAACACAUAGUGUGACAGCAGCAGCAGCAACAAC